CGCCGAUCCGCAGGUGGCAGUAGAGCGCUGGAGAUUCAGUGACUGCAUCGCUUCAGGGACGUCUGCUGAAGAGUGCUGUCAAAACAGGCAGUAUUGUUGGGUUUAAAGCUAUAAGAGCUGUGCUGAUGGAGCAGUGUGCGUGUGUGGAGAGAGAGCUGGAGAAAGUGCUGCACAGGUUUGUCACAUACGGACAUCAGUCAGAGGAACGACUGGAUGAGCUGCUCAGGACCGUCUGUGACCUCCGCAGUCGAUUGGUCGCCUAUGGUGUGCAGGAUGCAGAUCUGUCAGUGUUGCAUCAAACAAUGGCGCAGUGUUGCAAGGAGAUCAAAGAAAGCGUGCAGGUGCUCGCCUCACGGCACAAGGACAUCCAUGGCAGUGUUUCAAAAGUGGGCAAAGCUAUCGACCGAAACUUUGAUGCGGAAGUGAGUGCAGUUAUAGCUGAACAUGUCUGGGAUACUCCAGAGAGGCAAAAAUACCUCAGCGAAACCAUCGUAGAGCAUUUAUAUCGACAGGGCAUGCUGAGCGUCGCUGAAGACCUCUGUCAGGAGUCCGGUGUCGUCAUUGACAUGAGCAUGAAACAGCCUUUUCUGGAGCUCAAUCGUAUCUUAGAGGCUUUAAGAACACACGAUCUGUGUCCAGCGCUGGAGUGGGCAGUGACAAACCGUCAGCGUCUGCUGGAUCUCAACAGUACACUGGAGUUUAAGCUGCACAGACUUUAUUUUAUUAGUCUGCUCAAUGGAGGAGUCGGCAAACAGCAGGAGGCUUUACAGUACGCCAGACACUUCCAACCGUUUGCCUCGCAGCAUCAGAGAGAUAUUCAGAUCUUAAUGGGCAGCCUGGUGUACCUCCGGCACGGGAUCGAGAACUCGCCUUACCGUGGUCUUCUGGAGACGGAUCAGUGGGCGGAGAUCUGUAACAUCUUCACACGGGACGCUUGUGCGCUGCUUGGACUCUCUGUGGAGUCUCCACUUAGUGUCAGUUUUGCAUCUGGCUGUAUGGCUCUGCCUGUGCUCAUGAACAUCAAACAGGUUAUUGAACAGAGACAAUGCAGCGGUGUGUGGACACAUAAAGAUGAGCUACCAAUUGAAAUCGACCUUGGGAAGAAGUGCUGGUAUCAUUCAGUGUUUGCCUGUCCAAUACUGAGACAGCAGACGUCAGAAAGUAAUCCACCUAUGAAGCUCAUCUGUGGACACGUCAUAUCCAGAGACGCCCUUAACAAACUUACCAACGCUGGAAAGCUGAAAUGCCCAUAUUGUCCAAUGGAGCAGAAUCCCACAGAUGCCAAACAGAUUUUCUUCUGAUGUCUUUUUGGAGCAGAGCUGAAUGAAGCGUCCGAGGUCUUUCAGAGCCGUGGUUUGAACGAUUGUCAUUCGCUGGCAUUAUGAUCCUCCUGUGGCGCCACCUCCGUCUCCAAAGCUUUUAGUUUACAGAGGUCGGUGGGCAAACAUACCUGUAGUACCUGAGUCUGUAAGUGAGGGAAAGAUGUGUGUGGAUCAUUAACACGGUGUAGUAUAAACAGGCUUUUAUAAGUAUGUAUCUGUGUGUGCAUUGCUCUACAUUUAUUUCUCUUUUAAUUGCAGAGGUUUUUUUAGGUUUUCAAGCUAUAACACCUCUCCCUUCUUUUGGUUUUGUGUGUUUUUUAGUAAGCGAUUGAGUGUAACGCGUCUGCGCGGGUGACUUCUAGCCAGAAUAUAUCCACAGUUUCCUCUUUACAGAAAGCAUAUAAAUAACUGAAUGGGUUUAUUGCACGUGUAUCAUAAAAAUGAUUUUCAGUAUGUAUAUAAACUAUGACAGAAUAAAGGUGGAUGGAUUGGUGAAGGCCUGGUUGUUAUUGUUAGAGACUGGUGCGUGCGUGUGUGCGUGUUGUAAACAUAAUGUUGAUUGUAAAUGAAUGACGUCUCGCUUCUCCAUGUAAUAAAGUGUUGGUGAUUGGACAGAAUAGUGCAUCAGUUUGAGUUUUCUGAUGACAGCCUCGUGUGCCGAUCUUUGUCAACCUCUGUGUCUAAGCCGCAUCUUUGCUCUGUGUAUUUAAAACAAAAUCUUCAAACUAUACUGCAGUGAGUUUGAUUUUCCAUCAGUAGAUCUGCAAAUGUUAUAAUGUAUUACACACACACAACUCAAGAUUAGACUUCACGGCUUUGGGUUCCUCAGCUUGUGCUAAUGAAAUAAAUCCUCUGCAGGCUGCACGCAAAAUAUCAAAUGAGCAUUCGAUCCCUUGCCGUGUGUGUGUGUGUGUGUGUGUCUGUGUGUGUGUGUGUGUGUGUGUGUGUGUGUGUGUGUGUGUAUGUGUGUGUGUGUGUGUGUGUGUGUGUGUGUGUGUGUGUGUUAUAGUGCCCAUUAGCUGGAGAUCUUCCAGGUGUUGCCUAUAAUUUUCCCUCAGUUUAUCUGUACAGGUGAAAGGUGGAAUAAUAUUUGAUCCCUCAGGAUAUUUCUGUAUAAUCCUCCCUGGCGUUAAUGCUGUGUAAACGCUCAUUGCUCAGCUGUAUAAAUGAACAUCUAUAUGUGCAUGCUAAUGCUGAAUGUGUGGAUUUAUAACCUCCAGAUUGAGAAGGAUUGAAUGUAAAUAGAAUUAAAAACCUUGCCCACCAGAAGUUUUCCUGACUGAGACCUGAAACCUUUCUAGUUCUCGUUGAUGUGGAGGAGGUCUACAGAGUUUAAAAGAUGAGUUUUGUUUUAUAUAAAACAUUUUUGUUUUGAAUAAAUUAAUUUAAUAUUUCUUUAUUUUGAGGAGUUGCACAUUUUAACCUGUAGCAAUGUGUGUUGGAGUGAUGAUGUGUGCGGCUGUUGUGUGCUGAUACUACAGCCGCGUGUGUUUUCUUUUCUUUAGUAGACAAUCAUUUGUUACCUCCCCCCCAAUGUGUCCGAUCAAAGCAGAGAUCUUUGUUAUAACCUCAGUUUAAGGAAGUGUUGUUUUUUUUUAGUUUUCAUUAAAUGAUGACUAACAACUAUUGUAAAUAUUUAUCUUCCAAUAACACAGUAUGUUUAUUAUACUUGCAUCUAAAUAAUAAAAUGAUUUAUACACAACU